UUGGCAAAAUGGAGUUUGUUGUUUGAUAGUUUUCAACCGGUGUAUUGUAAAAUAGCAUUAAAUAGUAGGUUAUUUUUGAUUUUAAAUCUAUAUUUUGCUGAAAGAAUUUGCUCAUAUCAUUCUAGUUAUUUAUUUUUAUAUUUAAAUCAGGUAAUUGCUCAUAUUUGAUUGUCUGAUCUUCUGUUCGCUUUCCUGUACUAGUUUUGAACCUCCAGUCACUUCGCAGAAUCAACAAUCUCUUACAAAGAUCAAUAUGAUUGAAGAAUUUGCUGAAGAUGUGACUAACAACCACUCUAAAAAGAGCGGAAAAAUUGAACUGGGUGAUGUGACACCGCAUAACAUUCGCCAGUUGAAAAGAUUAAAUCAAGUGGUAUUCCCUGUUAGUUACAACGACAAGUUUUAUAAAGACAUUCUAGUCGCUGGGGAAUUGGCAAAAUUAGCCUAUUAUAAUGAUAUCGUAGUUGGUGCUGUAUGUUGCCGUGUUGAUGCAUUUGAUAAUUGCAGAAAAUUGUAUAUUAUGACAUUAGGUUGUUUAGCACCUUACCGAAGGUUGGGAAUAGGUACAAAAAUGUUAGAGCAUAUAUUAAAUUAUGUCAAAGAAGACGGCAAAUUUGAUAGCAUAUUUUUACAUGUACAAGUCAAUAAUGAUAGUGCUAUCGAGUUUUAUAAAAAAUUUGGGUUUACUAUUGUUGAAACUAAGUCACAUUAUUACAAACGCAUAGAGCCUGCCGAUGCACAUGUUCUGGAAAAAUUUCUAAAAUAGUGCAUGGCCUUGUUAAGAUUUCUAGUUUGAUUGUGUGUUUGAGAAUGUUUAGAAAGAACGUUUUACAAUGUUUGCAUUAGUGUUAUUAAAACUAUUACUGUAACAUGGGAUUUGUUUAUAAUUUAAUAUUUGAUGGAGUUUUCGGCUUGUUAAACGUUUUUAAAAACCUAGUUAUAUUCUGUUGCAAACAAGAACAAGAUAUUGAAAACAAUGAACAUUUUCUCUUGAAAUAAGUGCUUCCGAUUUCGGGAAUAAAAUGAAUAGCCUUUAAUUCCAGUUUUUAUCUAGUUAAGAUAGAACUUUUUUGCUCUUUCAAUUUCCUUCAAUUUUUAAAAUCAAAAUCAUUAAUUUUCUUUAAAUUUGAUAAAGGUAUCUGAUUUGAGUAUCACAUAUACAUGUAUAUAUUAUGAAUAUUGCUUUAAGAUUUUUGUUUUUGAAUUAAAUUUUUAGAAUUGUGAGGAUUUUUAUUUUGAAAAACAAUAAAAAUAUUCUUUAGUAUGUAAUUUACUGGAAAUGCUUUAAUUCAAUGUGAGAAAGCUCAAGGUCUAAAUAUUGAAUUGGUAAAAUUAUUGAUUAAAUUUUAAAGACUUAAACAUCAAUAAAUUAUGUUAAAUACUAAAAGAGUGUGUUUAUAGUAGUGCAGAAAUUUAACUCCAAAACCCAAAGAAUUACAAAAUCAUUUGAGAUUAUUACAGUUUUAAUUUUUUUCUAAUAUUAUAAUUAAAAUUAUUUUAUAAUUCGAAGGAUUUACUAAAUGUAUAAAAAGUGGAUAAGAAUGUUGUAAUAUGUUUUUUCAUGAAAAUUGUCUUUUUUUUUUACAUGCAAAGAAAUUUAUCUUGUAGUUUUACUUCGAAAACAUGGAAAAAUUCUUCAUAUUAUGAAAUUGCUUUAAAAACAUUUCUUGCAUGUGAUUGGUUUUAUUUAAAAACAUUUUUUUCCUAAAUAUAUUGCGAGAUGAAAAAUUUUAAAUUCUAACUUUUCAGUAGAUUUGCUUUGUAUUGUUUCAGUCAUAUGAAAUACAUGAAAUUAAGCUUAUUAAUUGAUUUAAGUUAUAAUAGUGUUAAAGGUAAAUUAUUUGAUGGAUUUUAGUAAUUUUUUUUUUUUUUGAAGUUUUAUAAUUUUUUUACAUGCAGGAUGUAAGUAUUUGACUUGUUGAAUGGUGUUUCACAUGAAUGAAUAAUGUAAUAAUGCUAUUAACAGUGAACAAAUUUUAUUUAAAAUAUUUGAAAAAACUUAUUUAGAAUAUUACGCAUAUGCUAUAUGCUUAUAUUUUUUAUGUGAUAAUUAAUGUAUAAUGCCAUAUAAAACUGGCAUCUAAUUAUCAAACUUAUAUAGACGUCUUUGAAAAUACUAUUGCUUAUUAUUUGUAUUUUGAAAUAUUAAAUGAUCACAUAAAAGCAUUUUUCUAACUUUAGAUGCAUUGGAAUAUUUUUUAUUAUACUGAAUAAACUGUUAAACUGUAGUCAAUGAUAUUUAUUAUGUUUUCGAUUGAAUGCA